AUGACUCCCACGGGGACACCUUCGCCUGCUGAUCUGGCUAAAAUUCAACGAUGGAAUCAAAACGCCAUUCCCUCGGUAGAUGCGUGUAUUCAUGACCUGAUCAAACAACAAUACCAGAAUCGCCCUGCGUCAACAGCAGUAUGCGCCUGGGAUGGUGACUUCACCUACGGAGAUCUGGAUCUGCGUUCUGCACAGCUUGCAAACCAUCUCCAGGCAAAGGGAACUGUUCCGGAAACCAAGAUUGCUCUCUAUCUACGUCGGUCGCGAUGGUCACCAGUGCUCAUUCUGGCGGUACUCCGGGCGGGCGGCGCAUUUGUGCUGCUAGACCCGUCGCAUCCACUGGAUCGCUUGAAGGGCAUGUGCGCAGAUACAAAUGCGACUAUGGUACUCUGUUUCAAAGAGGAUACAGAAACUGCAGGACAACUAAACGUGCCUGUCUGUGUCAUUGAUCUCAACAGUGAGGAGGCCAUUUGGCAGCACGAACCUAACGAGGUCAACUCUACCGUGCAAUUCACAAACAUCGCGUACGUCGCAUUUACUUCAGGGUCUACUGGCAAACCCAAAGGAAUUCAGAUCGAGCAUGGCCAGUACUGUAGCUCGGCUGCCGCCCAUGCGAAGGCCUGGUCUAUUGGUGCAGAGUCACGGGUUUUCCAAUUUGCAUCGUACGCCUUCGAUGGAUCGAUCAUGGAGAUGUUGACAACAUUGAUGGAGGGGGGAUGCGUGUGUAUUCCCGGUGAAGAGGAUCGGCAAAAUCGGCUUGUGCAGGCUUUUACUAGCUUCCAGGCCAAUUUUAUUUGUUUGACGCCCUCGGUUCUUAAAUCCCUCCACCCUCGGGAUCUACCAACAUUGAAGAAUCUUCUUGUUACUGGGGAGCUUACGCCGCAGCAAGAACUAGAUCGGUGGGCGGAUCAGGUUCAGAUGACAAUCACCUACGGACCAACUGAAUGCUCUGUCGCGUGUGCUGUUCAGGAGCAUGUAUCCAAACUCUCAGAUCCGAGAAACCUAGGGCGACCAAUGGGAUGUCAUCUCUGGCUCGUUGAUCCCAGCGAUAUCAAUCGCUUGGUGCCCGUAGGAGAAGUCGGUGAAAUCUGUAUUGAAGGACCCAUAGUCGGUCGCGGAUAUCUGAACGCGCCCGAUCAAACCCGUGCCACCUUUUUCCGUGAUCUGCCAUGGCUAUCAAUGACCCAAAGACUUCACAGUCGGGUCUACAAGACAGGUGACCUUGGACGAUACAACGAGGAUGGAUCGAUCCAUCUACUUGGUCGCAAGGAUUCGCAAGUCAAGAUUAGAGGACAACGCAUUGAGCUGGGAGAGAUCGAAGUUCAGCUGUCUAGUAAGCUUCAACACGCUCGCGACGUCAUCGUUGAUGUGGUGCAACACGCUGAAGGAGACGCGCUUGUGGUGGCAUUUCUCCAUACUCCCUCUGAAAGCCACAGUCAAGGACUAUUACCACCAAGCGAUACCUUCUCCAAUUCUUGUUGCAAAUUGAGAGAGGACGUCAAGGCCUCGCUGCCGGGAUACAUGAUUCCUACUCUCUUUCUCCCAAUCGCUGCUAUGCCUCUAACAGCCACUGGAAAGAUUGAUCGCCAUUACUUGCGGUCCCUUGUGCAGGGCUUAUCGGUCGAUGCGCUAGAUGGCUACAUUGGUAACCGGGACAAGCGCAGCCCAUCGACUGAGCGUGAGCAGCGGCUACAUGGAGCUGUGGCUCAGGCAUUAGCAAUUUCUCCUGAACGGAUUGGAAUGGAUGACGACUUCUUCGCGCUCGGAGGGAACUCACUCACUGCCAUGAAGCUCGUCAGCCUUGGUCGAGAAAGCGGCCUCUGGUUCACCGUGGUCGACAUAUUCGCUUAUUCGCAGCUAUCAAGGCUCAUUUCUGUCAUUGAAGAUACAGCCCCCGAGGCUCAGGUCCAGCUCGUAGAGCCAAGCCCUUUUGCUCUCGUACCAGGGAUUGAGGACACUGAAUCAUUUGUACGCGACAUUAUUGCUCCACAGCUGCCAUUUACUCGACCAGAGGAGAUUGUCGACAUUCUUCCUGCCACCGACAUGCAGUUCUAUGUUGAACGCUUCCCUCCACACUACCCUCUUAUACGACUACACGGGAAGAUUGACCCAUUGAGAAUCAAAAUGGCAUGUGAUCAGCUGGUCCAACGCCACGCUGUUCUCCGGACAGUGUUUGCUUCUCAUAAUGAUCAAUUGUUACAAGUUGUUCUGGGCAAAGCGGAUCUUCUCUUCCAGUACUUUGAGACCGACAUGGCCAUCUCUGCAUUCGAAGAAGCAUUUUGCAAAUAUGAUGGGACCGUGAAGGUCCCCACGAGUGUCUUGGGACUCUCUUUUGUGCUUGUAUCUCGAAGUGAGACAGAACAUAGCCUAAUUAUUCGCCUUCCAUUGCCAUUGUGUGAUGGCGAGUCAUGGAUUCUCCUUCUCCAGGACUGGAUGGCAAUAUAUGAGGCUCAAUGUCCCCUUCCAGCACCACUUCCCUUUGCUGCGUGGGCAUCUCAAUAUAUCGCCCAGCAAAAUGAAACGACUUACGCAUUCUGGCGCCAAAUUUUGCAUGGUUCUUCCAUGACACACCUAUGCGAUGCGACCAUUGAUCUUCCUGAGGAAGAUUUCAUUUUCUCGAUGCAAAACAUCCCUCUUUUCCCUCCUCCCGGGGCCAUCACGCGCGCGACGCUCGUAAAAUUAGCCUGGGCAUUGACACUUGCAAAGUAUACCGGGAAAACCGAUGUGGUUUUCGGACAACUUGUCCACGGUCGGGCCCACGCACAUGCUGGCGAGGAGCGAAUUGCUGGUCACCUGGCCAAGAUCAUUCCUGUGCGGGUGGCCAACUGCCAGGAUACCGAGACUGAGCUGCCAGGUCUUUUAGACCAGGUGCAGAGACAACACCUAGAGACCAUGGCACACGACCUGAUUGACUUCCAGAACCUGGUAGACCACUGCACCUCAUGGCCACGGGACACACAAUAUGGAACUUAUAUCCUGCAUCAAGACAAUGAAUAUCUGGGGGAAACGCCGAGUAUGGGCGGUGUGAAGGUCAGCACCAGCAUGGCUUACAAUCCUCUGAUUUCGAAGGCAGUGCGGGAGUUCGUCUUGGUUUCCACUCCAAAGGGGCAAGAGCAUGAGUUGCAGAUUUGUACGACAAGUGUCUACGUGGAUCAGAAGAGGGCGGAUGAUAUGCUCGCGACGAUGGUUGAGAAAAUGAGCCUUUUGGCUUCUCUGGCCUGA